AUGGCCACCUCUCGUGUCUUCGCCGCCCGCAUGGCCUCCAUGGCCGCCCAGACCUCCAAGGUCGCCCGCCCUGCUGCCCGCUUCCAGCUCAACGCUGCCACCAAGCGCACCUUCACCUCCCAGAAGGCCCCCGUCGCCACCUUCGGUGCCCCCAAGCGCAUCCAGUCGCCCACCCUCCUCCAGGCCAAGGCCUUCCAGACUGCCGCCCGCCGCCAGUACUCCUCCGAGGUCGCCUCCGCCAUGGUUGAGGUCUCCAAGAACAUUGGUAUGGGUUCCGCCGCCAUCGGUCUCGGUGGUGCCGGUAUCGGUAUCGGUCUCGUCUUCGCCGCUCUCCUCAUGAGUGUCUCCCGCAACCCUGCCCUCCGUGGCCAGCUCUUCUCCUACGCCAUUCUGGGCUUUGCCUUCGUCGAGGCCAUGGGUCUGUUCGACCUGAUGGUUGCUAUGAUGUGCAAGUACGUCUAA